AACGCCUGACGGAAAACUACUUGGACUUGUAAUUCAAAAUGGCGCCUGUCGACACGAGAAGAAUUCCUGGCCCAGAAACUAGCCAGCCGGUCAUAGAUCCAAUUAAAAAUGAUCCUGACAAGCCAUUGGUCRGYAAAGAUGGCGYCAGAGUUGAUGGCAGACUUUGUGAUGGUUUAAGACCUAUUUUCUUGAGAGCGRGUUUAGUUAGUCAAGCAAAUGGAUCGGCGUAUCUUGAGACACAGAAUACUAAACUCAUUUGUGCUGUUUAUGGGCCACGUGAAGCACCAAGAAAACAAGAAUUCAGUAUGAAGGGCCGAUUGACAUGUGAGUUUAAGUACGCUCCUUUUUCUUGCAAACAAAGAAGAGGAUAUCAACAGGAUUCAGAGGAAAAAGGGAAUUCUCAGUUAAUUGUUGAAGCUCUUGAGUCAUCAGUAUUUUUAGAUCGAUUUCCAAAGUCCCAAGUUGAUAUCUUCGUUACUGUGCUAGAAAAUGAUGGAAGUGCUUUGUCUGCCGGUAUAGUCUGCGCAUCUGUUGCACUUGCUGAUGCAGGAAUUGAAAUGCAAGAUUUAGUUGCAGCUUGUACACUAGCUCAGACCAGUAAAGAAUGUAUMCUAGAUCCUAAUGUUGAUGAGUUGAGUUCCCAGGAAGUAGUUGGAAGAAUGACAGUUGCUCUCUUGCCGUCUGUAAAUCUAGUGUCUGGACUUGUUCAAGAAGGGGAAAUGACCAAAGAGGACUGUGAAAAAGCUGUGAAUGCUUGCAUUGAUGGCUGUGUAAGAAUUUACCCAGUCAUGCAAGAUGCACUCAUCAAGAAUGUAAAAAGAACUUUCUUGUCUAAAGAGACAAUGAAAACCUGAACUGCUAACUACAGUCAUGUAUAUAAUAGGAAUAAUUUUUUUAAUAGGUUUCUUUUGUAUUGAAUUGUGAAGCCUGUGAGUUGAGAAGACAGUUAACAAAAACUGGAACUUAAAGAAGUUGUACAAAUAUCAACUAUCAAAGACUUUUUCUUCCCCAGACUACAAAGAGAGUAGUAAGGAAGAGAGGGGAGGGACAGGAAGCCCAACACGAAAACGGAUGCAAAGGAGACUACAAAGAGAGCUAUUGAGAAUGAAAAAAAAACAUUAUCUUAAUAGCCUAUGUAGCAUCUCUAUGGGAGGGGGAGAGGAGGAAACGGAAGGGGAGGGGUCAGGGGAGGAGGAAGAGAAUUUGUUCCCUUCUCUYCCAUCCCCCUCAACUUCCGUUUUCCCCCUCCCCCUCCCCUAGAGGCGCUACGCAGGAAACCUAAACCAUUAUUAAAGAUGCACUGUUUUCUAUUUUA